GUUAUAUGGAUUCUGAAAAUCCAAAGCUAGGAUCAUCUCCGCGCGUUGGAGCACCCACAGACAAUAUCGUGGCUUUCACAGCGUAUCUCUCUCAUACUAUAUUAGAACCUGGAAGUGACUAUUCAAUCAAAUAUGACCACGUCGUCACGAAUGCUGGAAACGGCUACAGCCCAGUAACGGGCGCGUUUACGUGUCCAGAGGACGGUGUGUAUGUGAUCACUUGGACCACAGCAAUGGCUAAUCAAGGGUGCAUUCAAACUCACCUAAAGAAGAACGGUGUCUCUGUGGGAUAUUCCUUUAUAGCAUACCAAAGUAAUUACCCAGACAUGGGAUCACAAACGUCAGUCCUGGUAUUGAGUCGAGGAGACGUGCUGACUGUCAAAAUUGAAUCUAAAACUUCAGGUCCAGCUUUAUAUGCUACAUACACUUCCUUUAGUGGAUUUUUGUUGAAGUAAAGUGUCUUCAACUGUUGGAAAGUAGUAUCAGGCGUAGUUUUAUAAACAAAACAUAUAUCAUAAGACUUUCCCUCAAUUGCAAAAAUUUAAAGGGUUCGGAACCAUUUUUUUUAUUUUGUAAAUAUCUAAAUCAGUGUAAAAUAAUAACUAUACAAUUCGGUAGGUCCGACAAGAAUGAAUUCACCCUACACCCACGUGACUUUAUCCGGUUUCCUCCGUGUAACAUUCUUUACCACAUUAGCUGAUGUAAUUAAGCAGUGUUAAUAGACUAUUUUGUACGGUAUAGACUCGUGUAUCGCUAGAUCCUAACCCCAUUUCACUAUUUAAAAGAGGAAAUCACCAUUUGAUGAAUUUAAAUAAUACAGCUAAAGUCAAUUCA